AAAUUAAUUAAAUUUUCAUUAUUAUUAUUAUUAUUAUUUUAUUAUGAUGAUACAAUCAUCAAUUAAUAUGAAAUUAUCAUCUAUAAAUCGUUCAACUCAAGUGAAUGAAAUAUUAUCAAGUUGUUUAGUUGAUGCUCAAUCAUAUACAUGUCAAUCUAAUGAUAAAUUAAUUCAACAUAAUGAAAUAUUUAAUCAAAUUGAAACUUAUAAAAAUGUCACCUUUAUUGAUUUAGAUGAUAUCCAAUUAACUAAUAAUCAAUUAUUAGAUAAUUUAAUUAAAGAAUCAUUUCUAUGUUCUAUAUGUCGUGGUCUAUUAGUUCGAACUCGUUUAUUAUCAUGUGGUCAUCAAUUUUGUCGUGAAUGUUUAUAUUAUUGGUUUAAAAUACGUAAUACAUGUCCAUUAUGUAGAAAAUAUGUAAAUAGAAAUAUAUCAGCAAUAAAUAUUGAUAAUUUUUUAGAUGAAUUAAUUGAGCAUGGAUCUAAUGAAGCAUUAAAAUAUCAACGUAAACAACGUAAAAUUGAAAAAGCAAGUGAAUUAUUAGAUUAUAAAUUAGAUAUAAAUAAUUCAAGAGAUAUAUUACAUACUGUUACAGAGACUUAUGUUCAAACUACAGCAUAUGUUGAUAGUACACAAAGUAACGUAAUGACAGAUAGAACAACUUACUACUCAAAUAUGAAUGAAUAAAAUUGAUAAAGAAUAGGCAAUAAUCAUUAACAAUUUCACAUAAUUUUUUUUGUUUUAUUUGACAUCAUCUAUGCAUAAUGAAUAAAUAACUACUUAAAUAUGGAUUUAUAAUAAUAAUAAUAAUAAU